AUGAAAGGAAUAUUCCAUCGCAGCUCACGCCCAAAACCCCCCACACAGUAUACUGCCGAGAAAGCGAAGGAGUGGAUGCAGAAGCGUGGUGGGGAGCGUCAUCCAGCUUUCGCGGUGGAUAGUCGAUAUGACCCAGAUCGAAAAGUAUACAUCACAACAGAGCAAGGGGCGCUUGAACAUCUAAAUGAUAUUGUGGAAAGUCACGAUGCAGAUUGCAAAGCAGAAGACCAGAAGUUUUCCGAGUGCACAUGGGAAACGGUAUUCCAGACACUCGAUGACGCGAAAAACGAGUACUCAUCCAGAGGGCACUAUCAAUCCCAUGCCAUGAUGGGAAUGGAACUUGCAUUCAAGAUGACUGACCUAAUACCAUCCGAAUACGGGUUAUCCGUGAUAAAAAGUGUAUUGGGGAUAGCCUUCGAGACUGCCCGAAAGCGCAAAGAGAAUAGGGAUAAGAUUCUUGAAGCAUUCGAAAGUAUUCCCGAAAGUAUUUUGUCGAUCAAUCUCGCCUGUGGUCUUUUAAAGCCUACCGAGGCGGAUGAAAAGCUUCGACAGGACUUCCAUACCACACUUCUUAAGCGCAUGCCUGAACUAGUUGAUAUUCUCCUCGGCAAACCCGCCUGGUAUCUACGAGUCAAAAGCUACAUGACAUUCAAGAUCAGCGAAACGCUAAAAGUGGAUGAAAUACUCUCUGAAUGGAACAAUUACAUAGCGACUCUCAAAGAACGUGUAACGCAAAUGAGGGAUCGACUUUGGAGCGAAGUCGCAUACCACAGCGCCGAGGCCCAUAGACUAGGAGCCCAGACAAAUACCAAGCUUGAUACUUUCGGCAAUCGGUUCAAUGAGAUCCAAUCGAUCAUUGUUGCUCUCGGACCUGCCAUUAUUGAUGCAAUGAAGACGGAGUUUGGCAAUGAAUUCCGCAAAAUGGAACGCGCAAUUCAGGCCAACGAGGUAGGGGCCAAAGCGCAGACUCUUCUCCUCUAUGGGUUCGAAGAACUAGAACAGGCAGGCCAGGUUGGUAGACUGGGUGCUCACCGGGUUGAUAAUGCAGAGGCAAGCUAUCACAGUUAUGCAUUCGUCCCAAAUGGUUUACAAGGAAAUUUCCUGCCGGCGCAAAUUGAGCCAUCCGCAAUCAUCACAGAACUAGAGCUCUUAGGCCUUCUCAGAGUGCCACCUUCUUCUGCCUUGGAUGAUUUGGAUUUCACUUUACAGCAGUCAAACCGAUUCCCCGAGUCGUUGCUUCGACAAGUAUGGUGGCUGACUAAAAUGGACGAGUUCGUGAGCUGGUACCACGGUCCCGAGUCUUUAUUGCUCAUAGCAGAUGGCUAUCUGGACACUGUCCCGUCGGAGAUGAUCACACCCAUUUCGAUCUUCAGCGCCAGCUUCAUCCUCAACCUUGUCCGCAACUCCUCUCGCAUCGUCUUAUCUUUCUUUGUCGGCCUGUAUAAUGGUGAUGACGCCCAAGAACACCCAGAUAUCAGCGGCCCAUGCGGACUAGUCCGCAGCUUAAUCGCCCAACUUCUAUCCCAUGAGAGUCUCCCGGAGCCAGUUCUCAGCUUUAUAACAUACGAAUGGAUUGAUGCUUGCCGUGACGACGAUCUGAAGGCACUAUGUGAGCUAUUCAAGCAAUUAGUCCUGCAAGUACCUCGGGGGACACAGGUAUUCUGCAUUGUCGACGGUUUGGUGAUUUAUGAAGAUCACCACACUUGGGGCCGGCAAAUAAACUACGUUGCAGCUCUCUUCCAGAACGUUGCAAUGAGCACCAGGUUUCCUGACGCGCCUGUCUUCAAGGCCCUCUUCACAUUUGCCAACCGAAGUCUGCAAAUCUCAGAUAGGGUGGAUAGGUUUCCUGACAUCUGGGGGCAUGCUGCGUUAGCGACUCACCAAAUGGACGGCAUGCCGUUGGUCCUGUGA